AUGGCGUCGUUUCAAGCUCAUUUCACGAAUAUCCGGCUGGCCUUCAAUCGCAGGCUUUUCUUGUCAUGCUGUCUCAUCGCCUUCUCCCAGUUCAAUUUCGGAUUUGACCAGACUGCCUUUUCAACCACCCAGGCAAUGAACGCUUUUGAGCGCAAAUUCGGCGUCUACAAUCCAGCAAAGAAGAAAUGGGCUCUUGAACCGUCUUUCCUGUCCUUGUUGAACGCGCUGCCCUAUAUUGGCUUCUUUGCUGGGGUCUUUAUCGGAAGUUCAAUAAGUUCCCGCUUUGGUCGACGAAUGGUCAUGUUCACCAUGAGCUUACACGCCCUGGUGUCGGUGCCGAUUACCGUAACAUCCACCAAUAAAGCACAUAUCCUUACUGCUCGCAUCCUAAACUAUAUCUAUCUGGGAAUGGAGUUGGCAGUGGUUCCAGUUUUUCAGGCUGAAAUUGUUCCACCGCAAGUCAGAGGCCUUGUCGUUGCAACGUAUCAAGGUUGUAUAUAUGUUGGCGGCCUGGUGAUGAGUCUCAUCUGUCGAGGCACCAGCACUCUGGAAGGAAACGCCCAGUGGCAAAUCCCCCUGGCGCUGUUCGCAGUGAUCCCUGCAAUUGUGGCUAUUCUUAUAUGGUUUAUUCCCGAGUCCCCUAGGUGGCUUUUGCUCAAGGACCGUCCAGAAGACUCCCUGAAUGCCCUACGAGCCCUUCGUGAAGGAAAAUUCACCGAGGAUGAAAUCCUUUCGGAGUUCAACGCAUUGAAAGUGCGCCUGGCUCGAGAGUCAGAAAAGGGCAAGUAUCUUGAACUGUAUCGGGGACCUGAUCUUAAGAGAACAAUGAUCUCCAUCGGCAUGAACGUCUUCCUCCAGGUUACCGGACAGGUGUUUACGGCUCGCUAUGGCACCGUAUAUAUUAAAUCACUUGGGACUGUGGACCCCUUUGUUAUGACUAUCGUGAAUCAAGCAGUGAAUUUGUUUGCUAUUGGUGUCUCCAUGGUCCUAGUUGACCACAUUGGCCGACGUCCUCUACUGUUUUUCAGCGGCUUUAUGCAGGUUGCGACGUGGUUCUGCAUGGCAGGUCUGGGGACUCCGCAUACUAAGACGCACGCGAUGCAAACCGGGCUCGUCGCUCUAAUCAGCGUCUACAAUUUCGGGUUCUGCACCGGUUGGGCUCCUUUAUCACACACUGUAGCCGCUGAAUUACCGACUUCGCGGCUUCGAGACAUGACAUUCCGAACAGCCAACGCUGUCAACAUUAUUCUGCAGCUAGUGAUUACCCUGGUCAUCCCUUACCUUAUGGACGCGCAAUAUGCGAAUCUAGGCUCCAAAGUCGGAUACAUCUUUGGCCCGGCCUCGAUCCUAGCCAUGGUUUUCACGUAUUAUUGCGUCCCUGAAACCAAAGGCAAGUCACUGGAAGACUUGGAUGUUCUCUUUGUCCAAGGCGUCCCUAUCAGGGAUUUCAAAAGCCCGAUGACAGUGGACUAUAGCAAGGAUGGCUUGGAGGUAGAAACCGUUAAACCUGCUAAGGAGAGCAAGGCUCCCCAUGUUGAGAUUGUGUAA